AUUUUGGUUUGGUGACGUGACGUCAUAGGGCUGCGCGCGCUCCUGCAUCUGCUGUGAAUCGGAGGAAGAAAGAGAAGCUCCUGUUGAAGAGACUGAGACACGCACUGUUAUAAAGAUGGAGUUUAUUAAAGAGGAGAGAGAAGAAAUACAGAUUGAAGAAACAGUCAAACAUGAAGAGACGGAGGAACAAACAGAAAUGAUGCCGCUGAAAGAGGAAAAUGAAGAACUAAAUGUAAUGCAAGAUACAGAUCUGAAUAAGAAACAUGAUCUUAUAACUGGACGAACAUCAUUUAGUUGCCCACAGACUGGAAAGACUUACUCACAAAAAAAAGCUCAAAAGACUGGAACUAGAAACAAUUUCACCUGCCAAGAGUGUGGACAGAGUUUUUAUCAACGUGGAAACCUUACAAUCCACAUGAGGAUUCACAGUGGAGAGAAGACAUACAUCUGCAAACAGUGUGGAAAUAGUUUCAUUCGAAAAGGAGAUCUUAAAAGCCACAUGAAUAUUCACACUGGUGAGAGGUCUUACACCUGCCCUCAUUGUGGAAGGAGUUUUACACACAGACAGACUCUUACUGUCCACAUAAGAAUUCACACUGGAGAGAAGCCUUUCACCUGCUCACUGUGUGGAAAUUGUUUCAUUCGAAUAGGAGACCUCAAAAGUCACAUGAGAAUUCACACUGGUGAGAAGCCAUACACCUGCAAACAGUGUGGAAACUGUUUUAUUCGAAUAGGAGACCUUAAAAGCCACAUGAAAAUUCACACCGGAGAGCAGUCUUACAUCUGCCCUCAUUGUGGAAGGAGUUUUACACACAGACAGACCCUUACAGUCCAUAAGAGAAUACACACAGGAGAGAAGCCUUACACUUGCCAGCAGUGUGGAAAGAGCUUCACUCAACAUGGAAACCUUAAAGUCCACAUGAGGAUUCAUGAUGGAGAGAAGCCUUUCACCUGUCAACAGUGUGGAAAGUAUUUCAUUGAACAUGGAAACCUUAAAGUCCACAUGAGGAUUCACACUGGAGAGAAACCUUUCACCUGUCCUCAGUGUGGAAAAUGUUUUUCAGUAAAAGGAACCCUUAAAAGCCACAUGAGCGUCCACACCGGCGAGAAGCCUUACGUAUGCCCUCAGUGUGGAAUCAGUUUCACUCAGCACGGAAGCUUUAACAGGCACAUGAGGAUUCACACCAGAGAGAAGCCAUACACCUGCUAACUGUAGAAAGAGCUUCACACAUUCAACAGAGGUUUCCUGUCUUUACAUUUAUAGAUCGAUUUCUCCAGAUUCCCUGAAUCUUUUCACAAUAUUAAAUGUUAAUGUGGCCAAGUAUAAUGACCUAUACUUAGAAUCCAAGUGUACACACACAGUAGUAUACGAACAGCAGCGGGCGGCCAUAUUGUUGGGUGUACCGGUGAGCAGGUGACCGGGAUUGGUGUCUUGCACAUCAAGAUAACCUCAGUAUUGGUAUUGAGGAUGGAAGAAAGCAGUGUACAUUCUCUCCCCCAUCGUCAAUCCCUGCCGGAAAUAAGACUCGAACCCGCAAACUUCGGGUUACAAGUCUGCCCAGUUACUCUCUAACCAUUGGGCCACAACUGCCCCCAUUAUGUACCAUAUUAUGUAUAGACAUAUUCUUUGAAGUCUUGUUGAAAAUUGUUAAUUUUGAACAGUUUAACUAGGAUAUUCUAUAAUAACAACACUUUUAUUUUGAUUCUGUCCCAACUUUUUUCUUCGUGAUUCUGUCUAUAAAAUAAAGGUUAAAAAAAUAAUAAUUGUAUUGCAUUGAACAAAAUGCUCCAACAUUUUUAUUCUGUUGAACGCAAAAUUAUAUAUUUUGAAUAAUGUGGGCACCUAAACCAUUUCUGGACCCCAUUUUCUAAUUCUUGAAACUAUUACUUCAAAAAAUAUUUUAUUUUGUGUUCAGUAGAAGAAAGGAACUUUUGAGGGAAAGUCAAUGAUGACAGGUUAUACAUUUUUGGGUGCACUUUUAAUCUGCAGUAUCUCACUCUGUGCUCCCUCUCCAUUAUUCCAGUUUGGUAAACUGUCCUGCAAAUCUGGAUGAAAAGAUAUGUGACUGAAAGGUUUCUGUAUCAAGCCAAUCUUCUAUUAUAGCUGCAUAUUUUCAUUGUAAUAGGAAAGCAAACUAUGUACAUUAUAUAUUUUAUUGCAAUUGUAUAUUUAUUAUAGUUUUAUAAACCCUCACACAUGCGACUGUAAUUAAUCACUUCGGGCUCAGGAGAUCUGCCUUUGCAGUAAAAAAAAAAAUCCUUCAUUUAUAUAUCUAUUUAUAUCUUUUGUAUGGUAACACCCAUGUAUCCUCUGCCAAUGCUCUUUGAAUAAUUGGUGUUUGCAGAGUAAUGUAAAUACAUUGUGAUGGAAUUUAGUGGUAUAAUAAUACUUUAAGUGACAUUGUUUCAUAAAUGGUGUACUUUAAUCCAA